UUGUGAUUUUGAUUUCAACCGGGAAGUACGGCCGCAUAAGACAAAUGUAAUUGGAGCGGGGUUUUAAUGAGUUGUUUACGUCCUGUGAUUUCACAAUAUAUUCAAUUAUGACUUUAUUUGUGUUAAGCUCUCCGUGAUCAAUAGAAAUGAAUGAUGUGGUAUUUUGCGUGCAUUUAUGUUCUGGAGGUUCUUGUUCAUGACUGCGCAUGUGCAUCUGAAGUUAAGCGUGCCAGUCUGGGAGUUGAGAGCAUCUCUUUAAACGGGAAAUGGGAGCUGGUUAACUCCAACUCAUCAGUGUCGCUCAGUGCGGAGGUACCGGGUUGCGUUCACACAGCUCUGCAGCGUCAGGGAUUCAUUUCGGAUCCAUACUUUCGGUUUAAUGACCUGGCUUACAGAUGGAUUUCACUUGACAACUGGACUUACAUUACAUCAUUCUCUGUUCCUGCUUAUGCCAGAGGGAAGGGGAGAGCUGUUCUAGUAUUCGAAGGAGUCGACACCGUCUCCACCAUUUCUCUCAAUGGAGUCACCAUCGGAAAGACAGACAACAUGUUUCGUAGAUAUGAUUUUGAAGUCACUGGAUUACUCAAGGAUCAAGAUAAUAUUCUGCAGGUGUGGCUUAUGUCAGCUGUGACCUACGCAUCUCAGAGGAGCCAUGCCCACACACAAUACAGGGUGCCACCCACCUGUCCUCCUCCCGUACAGAAAGGAGAGUGUCAUGUUAACUUUAUCAGAAAGGCACAAAGCUCAUUUAGCUGGGACUGGGGUCCAUCUUUCCCCACUCUGGGCAUCUGGAAGGAAGUUCGUCUGGACGUUUUCAACACUUUAAGGCUUUUAAGUUUCACUACCAGUCCAAAAUAUGAUUCUAACCAUGCAAGCUGGCAAGUUGACGUGGAAUUGUUCUUCGACGUUGUUGUUGCAUCUAAGGGCACUGUCCAUAUAUCCAUACCAUUAUUACUUUCAGAGGCAGAAUUUCAGCUCUCUCUAACACCUGGGGAGAGCAGAAAGUCCUUUGUCCUCCAGGUCAAUCAGAGUGUCAGUGUCGCUUUGUGGUGGCCUUUUGGACACGGAGAGCAGCCUUUAAAUAACCUGAAGAUAGCUAUAAUUUUGGGUGGAGAGACAUUACAUGCAGACCGAUGGAUUGCUUUCCGCACUGUAGAGUUGGUCCAAGAGCCUAUUUCCUCCUCACCUGGCCUUAGUUUUUACUUCAGGAUCAAUGGAAAACCAAUUUUCCUGAAGGGUUCAAACUGGAUUCCUGUUCAUGCCUUUCAAGACCAGGUUACCAAUGACAUGAUCACAAUCCUUCUCCGUUCUGCACAGAAGGCAAAUAUGAAUGUUUUAAGAGUGUGGGGUGGUGGAGUCUAUGAGCAAGACCUCUUCUACAAAUUAUGUGACUUUUAUGGAAUCAUGAUUUGGCAGGACUUCAUGUUCGCAUGUGCGUUGUACCCUACUGAGAAGGAUUUUAUGCAGACAGUGAGGGAAGAAGUCACUCAGCAGGUACGACGGUUGAAAUCUCACCCCUCUGUGGUGAUCUGGAGUGGAAACAAUGAGAAUGAAGCUGCCAUUGCAACCGACUGGUUUAACAUAACUGUUGCUGAGCGUCCACAGUAUUUGAAAGAUUAUGUCAAUCUCUAUGUUGAAAACAUCAGAGACAUCAUACUGCAGGAGGACAUCACUCGCCCUUUUCUAGCAUCCAGCCCAACCAAUGGGGUUGAAACUGAGAAGGAAGGAUGGGUGGCUCAGGACCCGUAUGACCCCCACUAUGGAGACACACACUACUACAACUAUGAAAAAGAUUGCUUGGACUGGACUGCAUUCCCUCGGACACGUUUUGCUUCAGAGUAUGGCUUCCAGUCCUGGCCAUCAUUUUCAACGCUUAGUAAGGUUUCAGUGGCUUCAGACUGGGAUUUCAGCAGUAAUUUCUCAGCUCAUCGGCAGCAUCAUGAAGAUGGGAAUCAGCAGAUGCUUAAGCAAGCAGAACUACAUUACAUUUUACCAAACAGCACAGACCCAGUGCAGAGAUACAGAGACACUAUUUACAUCACUCAGGUGAUGCAGGCACAGUGUGUGAAGACACAAACAGAAUUCUACCGCCGCAGCCAAGGUGACAUCAUCGAGGGCGAAGGUCAUACUAUGGGCACUCUUUACUGGCAACUCAAUGACAUCUGGCAGGGGCCCUCUUGGUCUUCUGUAGAGUUUGGUGGUAAAUGGAAAAUGCUGCAAUACUGGGCUACAGAUUUUUAUGCUCCUAUACUCUCAGUGGGUGUCGAGGAUCAGGGAAACUUGCUGAUCUAUGCUGUCUCUGAAAGCCACUCAGUGAUGCAAAAAGUCAAAGCCAAGGUAAAAUUACACAGCUGGAGCAGAUUUGAUGCUGUGUGUUCUUUUGAGUCUAAUUUGACUACAAUAAAAGAGGGAGGGAGCACCCUUUUGUUUCAGUGUCCAAUUUCUGCUCUACUGAUGAAAUGUGGGAACUGCACCAGACGCUCCUGCAUAGUCACUUUUCAUCUCAGGAAUUCUGGGGGUGAAAUGAUCGGCCCUCGCAAUCACAUGUUCCUCAGUUCUCCACGACAUGCCGAGGGUCUGCAGAAACCCAACAUCACGUUCACUGUGAAGGAAUCUAUAACGGUACAGAGUUUUGCCGUGACUCUGCACUGCUCCUUCCCUGCCAUGUAUGUUUGGCUGGAUGUUGAUGAUGUUCCUGGUCACUUUUAUACUAAUGGCUUCCUGAUGCUGUCUAAAAAAUCCACUAUUAUUUUUGAAUCAUGGACACCCAUCACUGCUGAAGAACUUGCUGCAAAACUUCAUGUCACUUCUCUCAGGGAUGUAUACUGAUUUUGUUUGCACAUGCUUAACUAGUUGUCUGAUUGUCAACUUCUUUCAUAGAUGCCCUCAGUAUUUUUUUUCCUCAUUAUUUUUUAAUACUAAAGUAAUUAAUCGCUUGUGAAAAUUAGAUAAUUUAACAGGCAUUUUGUUAUCAUCAAAACUGAAUAUAAAUAAAUAAUACCAGCAAGUUCAAAUAUACGGUUAGGGAAAAUCCACAGAGAGCAACUAUUUUUACAAAACCAAUUUAGUGUUCUCUAAUUGGUGCACUCAGUAUAUUUUUCCUUAUUAAAAAAGUUUUACUUCUAAAGAAAUGUAUUACAUUUUAAAAAAUAUUUAUAAAAUCAUGACCAUGUGCUUGAGAUUAAGACUCCAAUCAUAUCAGUAACCUUUUAAAAGUUGGUUUAUUCUACAUGUGGCAGGGACGCACGCGCUCAUGGGGGCUGCCAUUUUAGAAUCGCAUGACCAGUCAAAUACUACUAGCUUAAUCUCAGUAACCACCCUUUUAUUUGUACACUUUUAUUCUUGGGUUAAAUUAAUCAUGGCUGAUUGUGUGUGGUGAAUUUCUACAAUAAAAUCUGAAACUGAAAA